UCCCAGGAAUGAAAGGCUUAACAUAUGAAAGCGUUUGAUGUCUCUUUGGCCUGUACUCAAGAGUUCAGAAGGAUGAGGGGGGCGGAUCUUAUUGAAACCUACUGGAUACUGAAAGGCCUGGAUAGAGUCGACGUGGAGUUGAUUCCAUUAGUAGGAAAGUCUGGGAUCCGAGGGCACAAUCUCAGAAUAAAGGGCAGUCUCUUUAGAACUGAGAUGAGAAGGAAUUUCUUCAGCCGGAGGGCGGUAAAUCUGUGGAAUUUGUUGCCGCAGAGGGCAGUGGGAGGCCAAGUCGUUGGGUGCAGUUAAGGCAGAGAUUGAUAGGUUCUUGAUGGUUAGGGGGGUUAAGGGUUACUGGCAAAGGGCAGGAGAAUGGGGUUGAAAAAAUAAGCAGUCAUGAUUGAAUGGCGGAGGAGACUCAAUGGGCCGAAUGGCCUAGUUCUGCUCCUAAUGGUCUUAUGGUUGUGGAAACAGAACCAUUCAGGAUGGUCACAGAGGAAUUGGAGAGAGGGGUACUGGAUCUGCUGGGAUUAUUCUAUGAGCUAGUACAGACUCGAUGGGCUGAACACACUCUCUCUCUCUGAGCUGCUCAAUGUUCUCCAAUUCCAGGAUCUGCCUUCAGAGGAGAUCUCCUGGCCAAAGAACUGGCCUCAGGAAUGAAGGUGAGAUGACCCCAUGCCAAAACCCUAAAUUUACCCCAUUACAGGUGAUCAACCAUGUGGGUAGAGGCCGCUCCUGUGCAAUGAUUGGCGGAGACCACCAUCAAUCAAAAAAGAGGCAGUACCAAUGGGCAGCUCCACAUCCCAUUGGUAGCAGCGGCUGUCCAUCAGCUGGGCGGACGGCGGUAAAUCAGAGGGGAGGGAUGACGUUCCUCGCAGCUCAUUGGUUAGUCCGUAUGUCGGUCAGCCAAAACCGCGACGCUCCCUCCCACAACGCUGCGCAUCGCCGUCGAGCGCAGGACGCCGGCCCAUUGGCGGAAAGCAAAGUCAAUCAGUAGAGCGCUCUCAAUUGAUUGGCUGGCACAGACGUCUGUCAGAAAAUCCUCCGUGCAAUUGGUCCUUGCGGUGGAGGCGGCCCGCGCGGUGGGCUCUGAGGUAAAAACCGCCGUCUUCACCGCCGGGGGGGGAGGGGGAGCGAGUUGUUCUUUUAAUAUAUAAAAAGAAAAGGAAAAUGGUCCUGGUUCUCACCGUGAAUGGAAGUUGGGCCUCGUCGUGUGGCGCCGGUCCGUAGCCGGGGGAGGCGGUAGACAAUAGCCGGCGCGGGAAUACACCGCCGGGGCCUUGCGAUCGGCGGGCGGCUGAAGCCUGGCUCGAGUGACGAGAAGGAGCAGGCGGCGAUGGCGUCCACGGACACCAUGGACCUUGCAGUGGAGGACCUGGGCAUCUCGAUGGAGGAGAUCCGGGAGUGGAUCGACAAGGAGCUGGAGAAGGUGGACUUCCUCAAGCAGCGCAAGGCCGCCCUCCUGGAGCUAGAGAGCUGGGUGGAGAAGAAGGAAGCCGAGGUGGCCCGUGUGGAUGGGCUGUUCGAGGAUGCGUCCAGGUCGGUGGAGGUGUGCGAGUCGAUGGUGAAGGACCUAUACAGCGACCUGGGGCUGAAGUACGAGGAGGCCGAGCAGGAGGAGGCAGCCCCGAAGAGCGCUGCCAAGUCGUCGGAAGUGAUCGAGAUCCUGGACGACGACGACGAUGAUGACGACGUGAUGGCCGUGGAGACUGUUGAAACGGGGAAAGUUGCGCCCUCUUCAUCGAACUCAUCGUCGGUGGCGGCGCUGAGCAAGAUUACCAGAGAGCCAUCCUUGCUGCGGGACGCUAUGGCCGCAAUGCGGAAGUCCGCCCGGGAUGUGCAGAAGUUUGUGGAGGCCGUCUCCAGGAAGCCGACGGCAACCCCUUCAGGACUGCUACGAGCCGUGACCACGCAACCGGAGCCCGACAAGAGCAGGCAGCCCAGCGCCACCUUCUCCAUGCCCUCUUCGCCCACCAGCACCCUCUCCUCCACCUGCAGCACCCACCCCCGGCCGGCAGCCCCGCCCGGAACGCAGGCACCCCCAGGAAACAGCCAGCAAGCCGUCACAGUGGUGGAGGACGGCGAGGUGGUGAAGGACGGCGACCUGUUCAAGGGCAUGCGGAUCCUGGGCAAGAAACGGACCAAGACAUGGCACAAAGGGGCACUCAUCGCCAUCGUGAUGGCAGGCAGCACCAAUAAGUACAAGGUGAAGUUUGACAACAAGGGGAAGAGCCUGCUGUCAGGUAACCACAUCGCCUACGACUACCACCCACAGGCCGACCGCCUGAUGGUGGGCAGCAGAGUGGUCGCCAAGUACAAGGACGGCAACUCGGUCUGGCUGUACGCUGGCAUCGUGGCAGAGACACCGAACAGCAAGAACAAGACGCGCUUCCUCAUUUUCUUCGACGAUGGCUACGCCUCCUACGUUGGCCUGUCAGAGCUGUACCCCAUCUGCAGACCCUGGCCAAAGACCUGGGAGGACAUCGAGGAUGUCUCAUGCCGGGACUUCAUCGAGGAGUACAUCACGGCCUACCCCAACAGGCCCAUGGUGCUGCUGAAGAACGGGCAGCAGAUCAAGACGGAGUGGGAGGGGACCUGGUGGAAGUCUCGGGUGGAAGAGGUCGACGGGAGCCUGGUCAAAAUCCUCUUCCUGGACGACAAGCGCUGCGAGUGGAUCUACCGCGGCUCCACCCGCCUGGAGCCCAUGUUCAACCUGAAGAUGACCACCGCCUUCCGCCAGGGGGGACAGAGCGGCCAGCAGCGGACCCGGCCCAACGUCGGCGCAGUGCGGACGAAGGGCCCUGUGGUGCAGUACACGCAGGAUCUGAUGGCGAGCACCACCCAGACCCCUCAGCAGCAGCCUCUGCCUCCGUCCACACGCACCGCCCAGCCUCACUCGCCGCCGGACAAGAUGGACACCCUUGGCAGCCUAGCACAGGCCAGGAAGCAGGUGGCAAAAAAAAGCACCUCCAUUCGGCAGACAGGACCCCCAGCUCGAGGGACGGAAGCGGCUGGGACCCCUGAAUCGCCGUCUGCCAGCGAUCUGGCCAGCAAACCGGCGGCAAACCAGCCAUUCAGAUUGGGCGCGCCGAGCCCGGAGAAGGCGGAGUCUGCCGGCGGCCUGGCCCAGUACAAGCAGCUGGACGAGCGGAUGCCAGCCGAGGCACCCUACAGAGCACCGACCGAGAAGCUCUACUAUGUCUCGCACAAGUGCAGCCCCAGCUGCCUGUCCCGGGCAAUGCCUGCCUACAGGGGCCAGCACCGGGGCAGGAACCCCAUGCUGGUGCCCCUCCUGUAUGACUUCCGCCGCAUGACGGCCCGCCGCAAGAUCAACCGCAAGAUGUCCUUCCACGUGGUGUACAAGGGCCCCUGCGGCCUCAGCCUGCGCAACAUGGAGGAGGUGGAGCGCUACCUGGCCGAGACCAACACGGACUUCCUCUACCUGGAGAUGUUCUGCUUCGACCCCUACGUGCUGGUGGACCGCAAGUUCCAGCCGCAGAAGCCCUUCUACUACAUUCGGGAUAUCACCAAUGGCAAGGAGGAUGUGCCGCUCUCCUGCGUCAACGAGAUCGACACCACGCCGCCGCCCCAGGUGGCAUACAGCAAGGAGCGCAUCCCUGGCGAGGGCGUCUACAUCAACACCAACCCCGACUACCUUGUGGGCUGUGACUGUACUGACGGCUGCAAGGACAGGUCAAAGUGUGCAUGCCUGCAGCUGACCAUGCAGGCGACUGCCUGUAACCCGGGGGGCCAACUCAACUCCAGCGCUGGCUACCAGAACAAACGGCUGGACGAGUGCUUGCCCACAGGCAUCUACGAGUGCAACAAGAGGUGCAAGUGCAACGUGGGGCUGUGCACCAACCGGCUGGUCCAGCACGGGCUCCAAGUGCGGCUGCAGCUCUUCAAGACCCAGAACAAGGGCUGGGGCAUCCGCUGCCUGGACGACAUCGCCAAGGGCUCCUUUGUGUGCAUUUACGCAGGCAAGAUCCUGACAGACGACUUCGCCGACAAGGAAGGCCUGGAGAUGGGCGACGAGUACUUUGCCAACCUGGACCACAUCGAGAGUGUGGAGAAGUACAAGGAAGGCUACGAGAGCGACGCCAAGUGCUCAUCCGACAGCAGUGGGGUGGAUCUGAAGGAGGAGCACGAGCACUCGGGCAGUGAGGCAGAGGACUCCAGCUCAGACAGCUCUGACCAGAACUUCGGGGGCGCAGACGACUCCUACGUCCCCGGCUCGGUCUGGCGCAGCUACGUGACCCGCACCAAGAGCCGGGAGCAGAAGGAGAAUGGCUCGGAGGUGGGACUGGCCCGUCAGACCAGCCAGGAGGACGGUGGGGGCUCCUGCAAGCUCCCCUUCACCGAGGAGACAGCCAAGAACAAGGUGGCCUCCUGGCUCAGCGCCCUGCGGGUCGAGGACCCCACCGCCGACUCCGAUAGCCGCUCGUCCUUCAAGGCGGUGGAGGGCGGUGGCCCGGAGGCCAAGCCCUCCAAGGAGGAGCCCCCCAAGGAGGAGGGCAAGAAGCCGGCUGUCCCGGCCCUCAAGAGCGAGCUGCCCCUGCUGCCCAAGGCUGAGGGAGAGCCCGGUCCUGGUGAGACCACGAUGGACGUCAAACCGGCCGGCAAGCAGGAGGCGGAGAAGAAGGAGACCAAGGCGGAGAGUCCAGAUGCCAUUGGCGUCAAGAACCAGGAUGCAGCAAUUCACCUCAAGAUAUCGUUGCCGUUCGACAACGCCUCCAGGAACUUCGGCUACAACCCUAGGCCAGCGAGGAGCGAGGGCAUCCGCAGGCCGGUGAGCAAGACCACGCUGCUGCAGGCGCGGCGGAACUCGGCGCCUCCGCCAGCAUCGAAAGACGAGGUGAUGACGUUGUCGAGCAGCUCGGACAGCGAGAUGGACACAGGCACCCAGACCAGCGGCAGCCGGCGGCAGGGCGCGGCUCAGGCCCCGGCCGCCUGUAACGACAGCGAUGACGUCCAGACCAUCUCCUCCGGCUCCGAGGACAGCGGGGGCAAGAAGGAUGAGGGGGACCCAAAGAACGCAGAUGGUGCCAACAAGCGGCAAGUGGCAGUCAAGUCAACCCGGGGCUUCGCCCUCAAGUCGACGCACGGGAUCGCGGUGAAGGCGUCGAACAUGGAGAAGGGAGAAGGGGGUGCCGGCCGCAAGAGCACCAGGCAGUUCUACGACGGCGAGGAGUCUUGCUACAUCAUCGACGCGAAGCUGGAGGGGAACCUGGGCCGCUACCUCAACCACAGCUGCAGCCCCAACCUCUUCGUGCAGAAUGUGUUCGUGGACACGCAUGACCUCCGCUUCCCCUGGGUGGCGUUCUUCGCCAGCAAGAGGAUCCGCGCUGGGACGGAGCUGACCUGGGACUACAACUACGAGGUGGGCAGCGUGGAGGGCAAGCAGCUGCUCUGCUGCUGUGGCUCUACAGAAUGCAGGGGGCGGCUGCUGUAGGCACCCCCGCCCCACCUCCUGCCAACAAGCGAGGUGCCCCCUUACCCCAGCCAAACACACCCCCCUCUCUCCCACCCACCGCCACCUCACCUCCCCACCAGGCUGUGGAGUGACCCGCCGCACCCCUCCCCCCAAUACUCCCGCGUUCCCUGUCGGGAUCCUCAGAUGCUCUGGAGAGGCCCCCCCCCCCCAGGUGAACAAUGGGGAGUGCGCGGGGAAAGCCCGAGCAGCCCUGGAGGUCCCCUUCCUCCCACCCCGAUCUUGAGGGUUCCAAGGAAGGAACAAGCUGCCUCCUGGGGAUCAGCGAUCUGCCCCACCCACACAGCUGUGACACGCACACACACACACCCAGCCCUAAAACAAGAGCCGGGGGUGUCUCCCCGCAGUCCUGGCUUUUGGGGGGGGGGUACACCUGCCCUUCUGAAGGGGUCUCUGUUACUCCUUCCUCCCCACACCCGGUGUCGGCUGGGCCACCUAAAGCCCUCAUACUCCCCUUCCUCCCCCACCCCCCACCCACAGGACUCUGGAGCGGCCUGUCCCACUGUUGCCACCUCCCUCCGAGGAACAAAGGCAACGGCCUCUGUUUAACAUGUGAGUGUGUGUCAUCCAUCCCCAGGCCCCUGUGAUCGGUCGUGGGAGGUGCCUGCUGCCACCUCAUCAACACCUUCUGCCGCCACCCUGUCCCCUCGACCCGAACCUCGUCCCGGGAGCGACUGACUCCCGGCACGUCCUCCCCACUCCCGGCUCGAAGCCGAGCGCCUCCAGGGAGACUGCCCGCGCCGUAUCGCAAAUCUGCUGAGGUUCACAGCUCUCCACAGCAGGCUUGCCCCCGCCCCCAAACCCCACCCCUCCCCCACCACCUCGUGUACAUGUCACUGAAUAAAACCACACAAUCCAUUCUC